AUGCGAGGUCCAUGGUUUGCAGCAAAAGGUGGCAAGCCCUAUUUGGAUAUUGAUGAGGUCGGCACCAUUGCCUCUGGGCUGUGUACCAACCAAGGCAGUUCUUUAGGAUACGGGCAGAUUGAAACUUCAAUCGCCAAAACCAGAAAGAAACGUCUUGAGGACAAAGGCUUGCAUGUUCUUCUGGAAGAAGUUUGCACUCCGAGCAAAGACACUGUGAGAAAUUAUGGUGGAGCCUUGGCUAUGCUCUCUGGCAACAGCUGUACUUCUUCCAAAGUUGUCCAUAAAAAACCAACCAGAAAAACUGCUGAAAACUCCAUACGCUCAGCCCUGGAUUUCGCUGGUGUUGUUAGCUCCACUCACUAUAUGAUAACAGAGAAAGAGAUUCCAGAGGUUAGGACAUACCUCAACGAGAAAGCUACUGCUUCGGAGAAGAAAAUUUACAAUACUAUUAGCGAUUUGCACGAUGGAGCACCCUUACUACCAGUGAAGAAAGCAUUCAUCCUUUCCUCAGAUGAUACAACUGAAUGGCUGGUGGAAGGAAUGAACAAGUACAAUAUCCACAAGUUCGAUACACGAUCUCUCUACCACUCUACCAACGAAGCCAUGGCAACUGAAAUCCGAGUUAAGCUCAGUAUCACAAUGACUGCAGCUGGAGUUACAGCUCCCUUGUUUAUAUCCAUCACAGGUCUGACUGAUAGAGAGCUUGUUGAUCAGGACGAUAACGAUUCUGGUGUCAUUGUUUUUGAAAUUCCCGGUCUCUCUAUCGGAGGUGGUGGAGUUACAGCCAGCAACAGAGAUAUUGGAUAUCUUGUAUUGUUGCAACAAAGGACCCACAGAGUUGUGGGCUGAAGAACCUCUGGCCAGCUAGUUUCAACCCAUCAUAUUGCUAAUAGCUACUGGGAAGGAGAUAUGAUACUUUGAAGGCUACAUGAUCACUGUGUAAUGUGCAUUGCGCUAAUAAUAGCUCCAUUUUAGUCUAACG